AUGCCCGCGACGGAACUGAUUGGGCAGUUGGGUCAACUGUUCGAUGACCAACCAGGACCCGGUCCCCGUGCCCAUGGAAAUAGUUUGCGUCUUGUACAGCGUCUACGCUUGCCAGACCCAGUUAAAGACAGCAACAACGCGGGAUCAUCCUAUGAAUUCGGCAGAUUGGUGGAUGACAUGAAAAAUCGUCUACUUGACUGGCAUCCCUACCUACAGUUGUCUGUGCUCGUUGACGAGACUGCAAGGCGGCUGGAGGUUCGCGCUCUAAACGGACGCAAUUGGAGUAACGCACGUUCGAAGUUUUCCUCGACGGCCUACCUCACACUUCGUGUCUCUCCUGGUGAAUAUGAACUCGCCUCAAAGAGGAAAGAUCUUAAAAAUGAUACCGAAAAUAUCGUGCUCAAUGAGAAAGUGAGUCAACUCGGCUUUUCGUGCAUCAGAAAAACGCAUUUCCCUAAACUUAAUCGGCAGAAGUUUUUGUUGUAA